AUCAGAGAGCACAGAGUGAGGACUUCGUAUACAAAACGGUACGGUAAGUCAAAAUUUUUGUUCAAACAUGCAUGCAUGUUGGACACAUAAACGGCGGGCCAAUAAGAAUUUACAUCGUGAAGAAAUCAUAGCCAUAGGUUUCGCUUGCUUCUUACCCUUUUAUAGGCAUUACUUAUAACUUUCUUAUUGCACUCAGUUUAAUAAUUUUGUCUAUUUAAAGCUUCCAUGAGUCAAAGAUGGAAUUUUCUGUUUCACAAGGCAACAGCUGAACCGAGCUUAUAUGUUAAGAAGCCUUGUUAAUUUUUUCAUUGUAUAUAUGGUUUACUUUUUUUCACAGAAAGAUGUCCAAUCGCUUGGUAUUAACAACCACUCUAAUUUUAUCAGGUAAACUAUUAAUCAUAUCUUAUUAGUAAUUUAUACAGGUUCUAUAGUGUUAGAAAAAACAAGUCAUAUACUUAUAUAUAUAAAUUGUCAAUUGAAAUUUGUUGAACUGCAGCGUAAAUUACCGCUUAUAGCUCCCUGCAUUGUAUACGUGACAGUGCUUUAUAAUAACAUGCUAUCCUUCAGUUGGCUGUUGCAUGGUUGCAUUAAUUAUUUUGAAGAUUUAAAAUUAAUUAGCUGGAUUGGUAAAAGUUUGGUAAACCUCAAACAUUUCAUGCGCCGAUUCAAAUAUACCUUUAACAUAUAUGAUUCGUCACAUGAACAUAUAUAGUUGCACUUGAAUAACUUUGAUUGACUUGAAACGUGCCUGACCUUCGUUAAAAUAUUGCAGUAGUAACUGUAAUAACAAUUCGAUUUUUACUGCUUAGGGUUGAUUGCCGUGACGACAGUACUGGGAUCGUGUAAAAAUGGUGGAGUGAUUGUUGGCCAGAAGCUUUCUCCAAAUUGCCGUUGCAGCCCUGGCUUCAAGGGAAAUGACUGCAGUCAGAAAGGCAAGCGGUUUAAGAUACCAGAGAUUGAUGAUGUCAAUUAUAGAAUGAUUGAGUUGUCAUAGUUUAAAUAAAGGAACAGUGGUGUGCUGGCAGGGGGGCAGGGGGCCAUACCUUUUCCCCAUGGGCAUAGGUCACAGUAUUGGGUGACUUUUUUCUUGUCUCUAGUGACUCCUUGUGAAGCAAGUCCUUGUAGAAAUGGAGGGUCAUGUUCAGAAAACAGAGAUGGAACAUUUACAUGUAAUUGUACAGCUUUACACAAUGGCAUCUUGUGUGAACAUCGAAGUGAGUUACAUAUUUGCUAUAUGAACUUAAAAUGAAGCAAAGUCAAAUUCCGCUGAGUACUGAUAUCAGAAGUUAUAAUAUUAAAAUUUAGAAGAAAAAAAAUUAUUUUCCAUAAUAAAGGAAAUUGGCCUUACAUUAGUCUGUUUAUAUAGAAGACCUGAUUUGAGAAUGAACUGUACUAAUCGGUUACUAGAGAGUUUGAGCAAGAGAACGAAGUCGGACGACGACGACGUGGUUGACAAUUUUUGCCUGUCUUGCACAUUAUCUUGCGCAUUCUGAGUUUAGGGUCAGGAGUGAAGACAGAUUAGAGAUUCAUGUCUAGUUUGUGAAUGCUGACCCAAAUCCUUACCUUGGUCAGGAUAAAACAGCGAGACAUGAAUCCAUAUCCCGUCUUCGUUCUUCUGCCUUCGUUCACAACGAAUAUUUUGGCAAAAUUCGUUGUGAACUUCGUUCUGCACGAAGGCAGAAGGACAAAGACGGGAUAUAGUUUCAUGUCUCGCUGUUUUUUUCUGGAUCAGGGCAAGAAUUAUGGUCACUUGGUCAGUAUUCAUAAACAGCGACACAUGGGAAGACACGUUGACGAACCACCAGUGACGUCCAACACAGUAUGCACAAGAUAAUGUGCAGACGGCAAAAAUUAUCAAGUAUGCCUUCGUCUUCGUACUUCGUUGUAUUGCUCAAACUCGCUACUGUAGGGCUGACGACUGAGCUAUAGGGAGCUAGUUUCAGACAGCCUCUUAUGGUUAGUAUGAAAUUAUGGUUUCAGGUCGGUCCUAUAGACCUAGGUCAGUCUCAGGUCAGUUCAAAUCAAUUUAGUUCUCAAGACAAACAGUUUUUAAGAUGGUAUUUUAGUCUGGUAUAAGUUUCUAUAUUUUACGACGAAGCUUAGAAACCUAACAGAAUAUUUUUCUUCCAGUUCGACCAUGUGACAGUGGACCCUGCAAAAAUCGAGGCAAGUGUACUGAUGAUGGAAUAAAAUGUUUCCAAUGUGAAUGUCCACCGGGUUUCAAAGGACCUGACUGUUCUAAAAUUGGUAAGAUACAGGCUCAGCAGGGACCUUGUAUCGAUUUUGCGAUUGAGUGCUGGUGUUGAAAUGAAACUUUUGAAAAUUACAAGCCCGGAAAGUGCAUUUCCAUGGAUUUCCUAUACAGUAUUAAAUUUUGUUCAAAGUAACCAUGAUUGUGUAUAUUGCCUGAUGAUAGGCGGAUACAGUUUUGUGAAACACAUGCAUGUCUCUGAUAAAAAUUAGUCAGUGAAGAUUCUUGCCGAUGAUUAUCGUAUUGUAAAAGAACAAUUACACAAAUUUUCAACGAUCAAGUCGAGCGUUACUCUGCUCUGAAAAUUAAGUACAUGCAUGUAAGUUUAAAACUGCGACACUGUACAGAAUCCCAAAACACAUCUACAUAGUCCCUGCUUAGUUACGGGGGGGGGGUACCUAAAAUCCUGCCCGUGCUAAAAACUGUAACCCCCAGUUGUAAAGAACACCUCCAGUUUUCUUUUUAUAGGAAUUUUCAUUGGUGAUCAUAAAUUAAAACUUUCUUUAAUCAGUUUAAUGUUUACACAUUCGUCAAAACACAGUGCUUUUUUGGACUGUGUAAAACAACCACUGAAAAAAAAAUCAGUAAUGCAUGUAUAAUUUAUCUCACAAAAAAUAAUGUCAUUGCCCAGUAUUAUAUGCACCAGGUUUUUAAAAAUUCCAUCAUACGUCAAAAUGUCGACGCAAACGAUACUGAACUGUCAUAAUUCGGAACAACGUUAUUAAUAUUAAUAUUAUCAAGUAUAUAUGUUACAUAGUAUAAUCAUAUAGAGUUAAUUACUCCUAUACGUGCGCUCUUGAAUAUUGUUAGUUCAACCAUGUGAAAUUGAACCCUGCAAGAACAAUGGUGUUUGUGUGAAUAAAAAAGGAGGAAAGUUCACAUGCAAGUGUAAGGAGGGAUUUAGAGGAUUAUUGUGCGAUAUGAGAGGUAGGUCUGUUUGUCGUAUGUGUUGAAGAUUACCACAAAGUUAACUUACACCCCGUUUAUUGACAAAGUUAAUUAACUAUAUGACACCCGGUUUUUUAAUCCAGUCCCCACAACGAAAUCUGACGUUCAUGUUGCCAAAAACGUCGCUUGCUUAGCCCGUCGAUGCAGUUAUUAUCCAAUCUCCCCCGAAUUGGCAGUUUGAAUGCACACGAACGACUAGAAUCGUCAAAGUUGGCAUAAUCCUACUGCAUGUAUAUAAGUUAUAGCCAUUCGCCAGUAAUGCAUGGUCUAUUUAAUUCUAAAUAUAUAUUAUAAAUAAAAUAUCCUGAAAUGCCAUCGGAGGAUGAUCAUCGUUAAGGUAGUAUUUUGCCUGGCUCUAUCACAUUAAAAUAAAGUGACGAAAUAUCACAUCAAAUCAAGUGUUUUGUAUUUAAUUAAACAAUUCAUACAAGACUAACAAUCUUCUAAUAAUUUUUUCUGAUGUGACGUAACCCUUAAGGGCGAUCACUUCAGGGACGGAUCUAGCCUUACCUGUAAGAAGGGAUGCAGGCUUUCCAUGAGGUGGUGCACGACGGAGCCUUACGGCCAACCGUUCCUCUACAGUCUGCAACACUACUAUCCCAACAUUGCCAUUAUUUGGAAUGGCCGAAUCUGCAUGUUCGAUUCGCCGUUCUGUUACGUUUUGAAUUAUCUUUUGUUUAUAGAGCCGCGUUUAUGUCGGCUUUUUAUCACAUAUGCGUGACUGGCCAGUUGCUGUAAUACAUUACAGUAUAUUUGAAAAUAUGGCUGUGCAACAACCACAACAUGUUUACGUAAUUAUUUAACCAUGAUAUUUAACUAAAGCAUUCUGCGUAUUUUCUGGUGAGCUUACAAAUUUGUUUCCCCCUAUGUACGGCUUUGCUAAUAUUUACAAAUAUUUUCUAAUACUGAUUUAAUAAUAUUGGGCUAUAGGGGACCUACUAGAAACCCUAUAACAGGCUUUUUAAUUUAGGCCCCUAGUUAUAAUUCAUUGUUAUCUAUUAAUUAAUAUAUUUACAGUAAAAUCAGAAAAACAAUUAUCUUAGAGUGUAUUAUUUACAAAAGGAAAGAAAUAAAUAAAUAUAAUAACAGUACAAAUAUACGUCAUAUAUGUAUAGGUUAUUUUGAGGCAACGAGGGGAUAUGUGAUUUAUUAACACAUAUCCCCGAGGUGCCUCAAAAUAACGUACUUAUUUUUCACACUGCGAGGUCGCAUUAAUGAGUCAGAAAAGAAAUAAUUCUUAAUGUCAUAUUGCUUUUGCGAUGUUGUUUUUUUUCUCAUUUUUUGUGCUGCAAAGACAUUGCAGGUGAAUAUUAGAGGGGAUUAUUAAUUGCAGGUGAAUAUUAGAAGGGAUUAUUAAACGGAAAUUGAUUAAAGGGGAAUAUUGAAUAUAUUCCCCGAUAAGAACAAAGGAAACCGAGCAGGGUGAAAAAUAAAAAGGCAUAUUGACACUAGUAUUUAUCACUAUAUAAUAUAUGUAAGUAGAAUGCAUAAUUUUGAAUUUGAAUCCUUUUUCUAAUUCAUGAUCAGUAAAUAAUGCUGUUUAACUUGUUUUUUGAAAGCAAUGCAAGAGUUUAUAUCUUUAAUUUGAUAUUUGAUUCUAGUAGGCCCUAAGUUCCAUACAUCAGCACCUUUAUUAGAAGGAGUAUGCUUUGCAUAGUUUGUUCUUUUAUAUUGCUUGUAAAGUUUGGAUGUAUUUCUCGUGUUAUGCUGAUGAAUUUGAUUACUACUCACAAAAAAAUUAUCAAAUUCUUCAGGUAGAUUUUUAAAAUGGUGAUAUCGAAACAUAAACAUGGCAGUUAAAUAUAGUCAUUAAUUUUAAAGAUAUCUAAGAUGUUUAAUUCUUUAAAAACCGGCUCAGUGUGUUCCAAUUAAAUCGUUUCAAAAAAUCGACACGCGUUAACAGGAGAAGUUCCGCUAAUCGCUAUUCGAAAAGCAGAAAAUAUAUGGUCAAGCUGAUUUUUAAGGUGGUGUGCUGGACUUCUGGGGGGGGGGUGUGCUGCGCACUCGCCUGCACCUUUGCGGUAGACUCCGCCCCUGCUGACGUUCAUGCAUUAUUCGUUUAACAGAUGGUCUGUAUGGCUCAGAAAUUUUGAAUCAGCAGCAAAACUACACUGUUCAGUUGGAGAAAUGGCUUGGUGGCGUAAAGUCGUGGAAGUUAUGUUACCGUGCUACGGAUAAUGGUUGGAAAGGAUUUAUCUUCCAUCAUCGGUGUGAUUAUAAAACCCCGACUGUCACCAUCAUUCGAUGUCGAUCUUACAUCUUUGGCGCAUACAGCAACAUACCUUUUGGAGGUUACUUUACAAUUGCAUUGGAAUUUUAUUAAGACUUACGUAUUGUAUACAGUUUUUUGUUUAUUUUGAAAAGAAAAGAACGAUUCAAGCAAGAUAACCUUUAAAAUUACGUAUCAAACUUCUUCACAGAAUUUUAUCGAUCUUGAUUAAUUAUUUAACUCCAAUGAAAUCGGUGAAAUUAAAUCCUUUUAGUCAUCGAAUUUUGACCAAUUGGCUGUCCGCAGCAACUCGGUAUUUCUGCGGUCUAUAUCCAUAGAUAUCUUAUAUACACUAGAUAGUGCAUCUAAUUAUUUUGCAUUUCAAAAAUUGAAGCCGUGAUUGCAGAUUCAGGAUAUUCCCAUGAAAUGAGAAGAUUCGUAUAUUUUCUAUGUAAACGUAUUCCAAAUACAUUUCUAAACUAUUCAAAUGAUGAAAGUUAUUGUUGUUUUUUAAGCAUUUAUUAGCGAGUGGGAACUACCAACAUGGCCGCCAUCUAUUCAAAUGGGCGUAACCGUUGGAAUAUUCUUGGCUCAAUUUUACUAAAAGAGAUGCGCUAUCUAGUGUAUAUAAGAUAUCUAUGUCUAUAUCCCAUAAACUGUCUCAUAGCGAGCUUCAUGGCAAUUACAGUGAGUUUAUGUAACUCAUUAUAUAGUAUUCUCUAUAGACCCGGCAUAUCAGUGCAUGAAGCGUUCGACAAACUAGAUAAACAAAGCCUAUUAGUGUUCUCUAUAUAAAGCAUAUUAAUUAGAUAUAUUAUAGAGCAUAUACUAAUUAGUUUACUGAACUCAUUGCCAGUAUAAUCGAUAAAAAAAACAUAUAAUAAAAAUACUUCCCAAAAAUAUAAAGAAAGAAAAUCUAAGAAAUAUAAUUCUUCGUGGAUGUGAUCAUGUUCUUCUAAGUCGGAUCCCGCGGUCGUCUAACUAAUUCUCGAAAUCUAUAUCCCACUGAACACAAGUGAUCAUUGUCUAUCCCAUACAUAGUUCAUAUAUAUUAUUUCAAUACAUUUCAGUUUUAACUUUCUUUUUUUUCUCAUUUUACUUCAGGUUCGGCAGGUUACCGAAGUAGUUCCAAUGCAUUUAUCUUCUCUUUCGUGAAUAAAGACAACCUCCCUCCCUUCAAAUCUCCUGUCUACAGAAACAGUAGACAUGCUUUAUACACUAAUGCUGGUUAUGGUCCCACAUUUGGUGGUGGUAAUGAUAUUUGUAUUGUGAAUAAUGCCAAUGCAAAUACUGGUUCCUACACAAACCUUGGCUUUACCUAUCGACCACCAAGCGGGUAUACCUACAACACGGACAAGGUGAAGAAUCUUCUCGCUGGCACAUAUAAAUUCACACCGAACGAGAUUGAAACAUUUUAUUUGAACAUUUGAUUAAUUUUUCGUAACGUACAUUUUAAUUACACUUAGAAACAUAAUAAGAUAGAAAAUAACGCAAAUGAAUGCACUGCAUGCACAUCGGUGAAAUUAAAUAUGAGUACUGCCAAGUAUAUAAUUAUGCGAAUAUUUUGUGUUACUGUACAACCUCGUUGAUGCUCGUUCCCAUGCAGGGCUUUAACCUCGUUCCCAGGGCUUUCGUGUACAGUGUAUAGCUAUACCGUCAAUAAAUGUGCUGUAUUUAAAGAUGAGGUCAAAUCUGUUCUGCGCAUGUGCUAUGUAAAGACCCUCUAGUAUAAACAAUACCCAAAUUUCGCGUUAUUUUGACAUCUUCUAAAUUGAAACUCUAAUCAUAGCGAACCAUGCAGUCGAGAAUGAUGUUAGCUAGAAUUUGGUAUAUCAUAUUUUCAGAUGAAAUAAUAUAGUCUCUUCAAAAUCUGAACAAACUGCACAUCCACCGAACAAACUUGACCGGCGCCACUUUAUUUAAUAAGUAAUUUUAAUGAAUAAUAAUCAUUGUCUCAGAUAUAACGUGUUCAGUUUUCACUGAUUACCAAUAUAUUUGCCAAACAGCCCUGAUUUCACCUUACGUCAUCAUCGGCAUUUUUGGAUGAAUUCAGUUGACCAAGGAAAUUCCUUGCUUGCAUGCAAUCAAUCGUCUUUUGCUCAAGUUUUCGUUUUAUUAAUAUUAUAUAUAGGAUAUUGAACAAAUUUUGACAAGAAUUUAAGCGGCCUCUGUAGGAUGAACAUUUUCAGUACCCUGAAUAUCAUUUGAAUAUCACUUCGGAUUAAAUAACUCUUAUAGCAGACCUUUUCAAGGACCGGCCUUUUUGUAGGGGGUUUGAACCCCAAACAUAAUAUAGGCAUCGACUGUUGCGAAUGAAUUUGACCAAUUAAUAUUUAAUACUAAUGAACCUAAUCGGCAGAUCGGCUAUUCGAGUGCUUCGACCUUGCAUUAUAUUUUUUUCGUCAUGCGCACAAACUCAGAAAUAAAAUCUAUUAUUGUAUAACUCUGAAGCGUUUCCCUGAUAAGAUAAGAAAUUGAAAAUUUGAGUACAUUUUGUAGCCUAUAUGUUUCAUACAUCAGUUAGUGACGACUCGUUCGUAAGAGUUGUGGGCGUUACCUAAAGAAUCUUCUAACAAGAUUAGAAUAUAUAUGAUAACAUAUUCAUUAUCAUAUAGUUCAAUAGUACAUAAACUUGACUGAACCUACAUUUGGAACUUGGUAGUCGAAUCCAGGAAGACUAGUGUUAUAAUUAUAACCCAACAAGAACUAAAUAUGUUAUCCGAACAUAAGCCAGAUUUGAAUCUCAGUAUAUUCAGCUUCAGCACAAACUGGCUUUCUGCCAAUUGAGCUUUGUCAUAGUCAAGUGCAUGUUGUAUAAUUUAUGAAUGCUUUUCUUUAGAUGGAGUUGUUAUUCCAAACCCCGGUUUUGCAGACAGUCAGCCAUGUGGUGGACGCUUUCUAGACGAGUUAAGCCAAUCCUUUGGUGUUAUAGUACCUACUCGAUUUAUAAUUAGCAGAAAUUGUUGUCUUUAGAAAAAAGUAGAUUAGAAAUGGAUGUUUUUCGUUACGUGAAGAGAUGUUAUAUCAAGCUCUUGAAUUCGUAUUAAUCAAGGUAAAUUAAAGCGAUAGAUAGGAGCUGUACCGAAGUGAACCUGUAACAUUUUGACGUCUAAUGGAUGCUGCGUGUAUAUUUUCAUUUAUUUUAGCUCUAAAUAUUUGUCACCCCAAAUGGCGUAAGCCACGACAAGUCUCCACAAAAACCCCAAUUAUAUGCUUAAAUUACAGGGCUGACAUAGAAUGUCUUUGAAAAACGCCACAUGGAUACGCAAAACUUCCCUCCUCGUUUUCAGCAAUCCCAAACAACGUCAACGAUAACUGCAACGUUCAUAAAGUUUCAUAGGUUUUGUUGCAAUGAUCAUAAUUGCGCAACACGGAAGCAGAAAGUGCAUGCAGGAAGAAAAUACCAUGCAUAGCUUUCAGAUACAUCAAACUGUAAUUAUGUUGAAAGUACCAAUUAAUUAAUUAAAGAAAUGAAUACACUAAAUGAUAUGGCCAAUUCAAAAAAGGUUGUCCUUCAAAAAAUCUUAAACCUUAAACAUUGAGCGCGCAAAGUAUGAUGGGUAUUGCUCAUUUGGAGCCUUAGAUUUGGCAUUGGUUUAGCGAACCAAAUAACCCUACAUCAAAACUGUUCAUCAUAUGCCCUAGCAUUGUUGUACUGAAGCAAAUUUCCACAGUUUAAGACGCUAAAUAAGAAUAGGAUGUUACCCAUCUUCCUUGCGCACUCAAUGUUUAAAGUUUAAGAUAUUCAGUGAAAGACAAUUAUUUUUGAAUUAGCUGCAUAAUAGCUAUGCUAACUAUUUACUCCUUAAAGUUCGAUCAUAAACUUUAUCCUUAAUUAAGACUGCAUGUAUAGCAUAUAAACUGUUAUCUUAACUUUAAAUUUAUUUCAGUUAAAACCUUUACAUUAACGAAAGCAACAUCCAAAACUGCACACUGAGUACAUGUUAUGUAUAUCUCCAGACGUCGUAUAUACAGCUAUUUCAAUUAAGGUUGUCCCCCGAACAAAGCGGAAAAGUCGAACACGAGCGCGAAAGGCUGCUGGGAAUCGCUAAUAAAUUCAUUCAUUUAGUUAGCGAUUCCCAGCAGUCUUUCGCGCUCGUAUUUGACUUUUCUGCUUUGCUCGGGGGACAACCUUAAUUGAAAUAGCUGUAUUUUUAUUAAUGUGUGUAUAUAUUUAACAAAUAUAAAACAUUUUCCGUGUUGAUAUACAGUUAUAUCAACACGAGUGGAAUUGGGAAAACGAGAAAUUGUAUGGAAACACGACGCCCGAAGGGCGGAGUGUUUUCAUACAAUUUCGAGUUUUCCCAACUUCCACGAGUGUUGAUAUAACUAUAUAUCAAUACGGGAAAAUGUUUUAUAUUUUUUUUAUAAUAUAGCAAUGUCAAAAGCCCGAAGGAUGAGAAAAAUUUCCGUGUUUACGAGCGGCGGAAAAUUUCCCGUGUUGACAUUGAGUUAUAUCAACACGGCUCUUAGCCAAUCAGCGUUCAGAAUUUACAAAUGCUAUAUUAUAAAUAUAUAUAUAUAUAUAUAUAUAUAUAUAUAUAUAUAUAUAUAUAUAUAUAUAUAUAUAUAUAUAUAUAUAUAUAUAUAUAUAUAUAUAUAUAUAUAUAUAUAUAUAUAUAUAUAUCAUCUCCAGAUAUACAUCAUCACCACCGAUUACGUCCUGGGUCGAUCAUCCGCAUCUCCACAAAAAAGAUUAUAUAUGCUUAUAGCGCUGAUAUAUAGACACUUUCCACUUAGAAUAAAGUGCCUCUAAAAAAACGCCCAUUAUCUUCAAAUCUUUGUUAUCACCAAUCAUUAUCAAACUGCAUUGUUACUCACUGUUGGAUGUUGUGCCCGCAGCAAAAUUUAGCCAGGCGACUGCAUCAUCCUGUAGUACCGAACUGAAACGACUUUUUCCGGUUAUUAUAUGCUUUAAUAUACAAGACUCUUGAGUCAACUGUUUAUUUCAAGAUCAGAGAGCACAGAGUGAGGACUUCGUACAAAAAAGUAAGUCAAAAUUAUUGUUCAAACGCAUGCAUGCAUGUUGGACAAAUACUAAUAAGAAUUUACAUCGUGAAGAAAUCAUAACCAUAGGUUUCGCUUCAUGCUUAUUACCCUUUUAAACAUUACUUAAACUUUCUUAUUGCGCUCAAUUUUAACAAUAAUGUAUUGCAGUUUAAUAAUUUUGUCUCACUUUCAUGAGUCGAAAGAUGGAAUUUUCUGUUCCCAGCCCAACCCAUCUUAUGCUAAGAAGCCCUGUAAAUUUUUUCAUAAUACUAUAUGGAUUACUCUAUUCACAGAAAGAUGUUUAAUCGCUUGGUAUUAACAACCACUCUAUUUCUAGCAGGUAAACUGUCAAUAAUAUAUCUUAGCAAUUUAUACAGGUUCUAGUGUCAGAAAAAACAAGUCACAACACUAAUUCAUAUAUACAACGUUCCCAGAAGGAACUCUUCUGUAUUACAUGCAAUAAGUUUAUAGUGCCAGCAUCCUUUUAGUUUUCGAUAAAUUGUCAAUUGAAAUUUGUUGAACUGCUGCGAAUACCUGCAUUGUAUAUACGUGACAGCGCUUUAUAAUAACAUGCUAUCUUUCAGUUGGCUGUUAGCCUGUUGCAUGGUUGCAUUAAUUAUUUUGAAGAUUGAAAAUCACCUGGACUGGUAAAGGUUUAGCCUUUAGCGGCUUCAAACCUCAAACAUUUCAUACGCCGAUUCAAAUAUACCUAAUAUAUAACUUUAGAUUCGUCACAUGAAUAUAGUUGCACUUGAAAAGUGCCUGACCUUCGUGAAAAUAUUAUAGUGGUAGCCGUAAUAACAUUUCGACUUUUAUUGUUUAGGGUUGAUCGCUGUGACGACAGCACAGAAGACGACAGCACAGCCCAAACCAUCGCAAUCGUGUCAAAAUCGUGGAGUGAUUGUGGGCCGGAAUCGUUAUCCAAAAUGCCGUUGCGACCCUGGCUUUAAGGGAUAUGACUGCAGUCAGAGAGGCAAGCGGUUUAAAAUACCAGAGCUUAACGAUGAUUGAGUAUUGAGUUGUCAUAGGCUAAAUAAAGGAACAGUGACGUACUGGCAGUGAGCCAUGUCCCUCCCCCUGCGAGUCAUUUUCGGGAACGCGGAAACUGCAUGAAAUGAAACCAAAAUUCUACCUAAAAAUUGGUCAAUUCUAUAGCUAAAAUUUGGGCGAGUGAGUAAAGAAUGGAAUUCCUACUCCCUCCCCCCCUCACACUUCCCCGUCCCCCCGUCGGCCACAUUUCGGAAGUCGACAAUGACUGGCGCUCGAGAACGAUGAGCAAGUGUUUUUGGGGCUAGCCCGCCCGUCGAUAAAACAGCUUAGGACAGCUAGUUGAUCUUUGGGGGUGCAGCACUGACUCUCCUCUGGGCUCACGAUUCACUCGCAUAGAGGAGUAGUAUCAGAGCACAGUAGCAAGUCUAGUGUGCACUCUAUUGUGACGUAACCUUAUCGAAUUAUGAAUCAGUGGACAAUUGGAUCACAGUACAGUGACGUAGCCAGGAUUUCUAGUUAAGGGGGGGGGGGGAAAUCUCAGGAGGGGCCCAAGCAAUUUUACCUUGCGCUAGUUCGAAUAAAGUUUGUGAAAAUGGAUUUGAACGUCCAUGCUAUCCAUACGUAAUAUAAUACAGUUAACUUUCAGGGGGUUCCCGGAAUGUACUCCCCCAGGAACAUUUUUAAAUUCUAGAGGUGAUAAAGUGUCAUUUUCAGCAUUUUGAGGGCUAUUUUUAAUGUGUUUUGGUGAUUUUAAAUAACUAUGUAACACACUUAAAACAUAGGAAGAUAUGGAAUUUCCCUUGAAUAUAUGAAAAUAUAAUGCACAUGCUUGUACUGGUCAGAAUUUUUCUAAGGGGACCCUAUAUUUUACCAGGAGGGGGCGCCCCCCUCUGACUACGCCACUGCCAUAGUACUGACUACUGAGUGACUUUCGUCUUGUCUCUAGUGACUCCUUGUGAAAUAAGUCCUUGUAGAAAUGGAGGAACAUGUUCAGAAAACAGAGAUGGAACAUUUACGUGUAAUUGCACAGCUUUAUACAAAGGCAUCUUGUGUGAACGUCGAAGUAAGUUAUAAUUUUGCUAUAACUCUAUCCGCUGAGCACUGAUAUCAUGAGCUCAUAUUAAAAUUUAAAAUCCGUAUCAAUCAAGGAAAUUAGCCUUACAUCAGUCUGCAUGCACGCAGAAGACCUGAUUUGAGAAUGACCUAAGAUUGACCUAAAAUCUGAGUUUUGUGCAACAUCGUUUGGUUGGUCUGAAAUUAUGGUGUCAGGUUGAUCCAUGGAAGAGGUUAUUUCGUUGGCCUCAGAGUGACAAAACGUAACAAAGCAACGGUUUUUACACUACACUAAUGCUGUGCUGAGUGGUUAUAUUACUACCUUAAAAAACAAGCAGAACUCGACGUUUCGAGCGAAGGCUCUUCGUCAAGAGUUAGUAGCUACUAACUCUUGACGAAGAGCCUUCGCUCGAAACGUCGAGUUCUGCUUGUUUUUUAAGGUAGCAGUGGCGUAACUAGAGCGUUAAUGGGGUGUGUAUAUUCAUAUAUUCGUGUUCUGCCCGACUAAUUUCUUUUGAAAUGAACUUAAAAAUAAAGAAAUUCAAAAGAAAUUCGUCGGGCAGAGAACACGAAUAUACCCAACAAUUUCAAACCACCCUAUUUCAAACACCAAUUCUAACCCUAAUUCUUACCCAAGUUUGUUUCUAAACCAAUCUUGAAGAAAAAUGUUUUGACGAAAUGUCAUUCUGAGGUCAGCGAAACAACUUCUUCCUUGGUCCGCUAUAAGCCUAUAAACCUAGGUAAGUCGCAGGUCACCUCAUGCCAGUUUAGUCCUCAAGACAAACAGCUUUAGGUGGGCUUUUAGCCUGGUAUAAGUUUUUAUAGUGUACGAUGAACAGACGAUCGCGAAGCUUACAACCCUAUAUAAAGAAUAUUUUUCUUCCAGUUCGACCAUGUGACAGCGGACCCUGUAAAAAUGGAGGAAAUUGUACUGAUGAUGGAAUAAAAUGUUUCCAAUGUAAAUGUCCCCCCGGUUUCAAAGGACCCGACUGUUCUAAAAUUGGUAAGACACAGGCUUACAGUUAUAGUUAGGGAAGGGGCCAGGGGGAACCGAACAAUAUGUUCCCUUAUAUUAGCCAUUUCCUAAAGUCCUGGGUCUAGUCUCGCGAAUCCCAUGUUGGAGGGACAAGAAAUAUGUCAGCACACGUUUAAAUUACUGUCGAUGCAAUGGAAGUGUUGAUAAAAUAUUGUAAUAAUACAAGUUGAUCAAUUCAUACGAAUUCAAAUUUCUUUUUACUUCCUGUGCGUUUCCUAUUGGUCAAUCGGUUCUGAAACGAAAUCUAAUUGGCUCAUCUAAAAGUAACAGGAAGUUGAUUAAUUUUCUAUCAAAUGAAUUGAUCAACUUGAGGAAAUGAAUUCAUGCAAUAUUUUAUCAACACUUCCAUUGCAUCGGCAGUAUAUGUUUAAUGUAAAAAGGAGAUAUUUUAUUUUUGGUUGUCUGAAAAGUUGAUUUUGAUAGUAGAUACUUCUACUCUUUCACAUAUUUGACACCUGUCACCAUAUAUUUUGUCCCUCCAAACGAUCCCAGAAUGCACUGUGAUCUCUUUUGGGAAAAGGCUAAUUGGUUGGAUACCAUAUACCUAAAACUCCAGCACAUACUAAAACCAACUGUUGUUUUAAAUAUUAAUACGGAAUUAUGUUUUUUAUUUAGUUGAACCAUGUGAAAUUAAACCCUGCAAGAACAAUGGUGUUUGUACGAAGAAAAAAGGAGGAAAAUUUGCAUGCAAGUGUAAGGAGGGAUUUGGAGGAACAUUGUGCGAUAAGAGAGGUAGAUCUGUUCCAGCAGAUCAAUUGGUUGAUACAGAAUAUUCCAUUCAGCUUUACCCAAUGAUCAGGAUGCUUCAUUGUCGUUUCAUCCAGUCACUUAUUAUUAACUUUCAGAAUUUGCAGUUUGAGUGCACACGAAACAACUAGAAAUUAAGGCUGACCGAUGAUCCUACUGCAUGUAUAAGUUAUAGCCAACAAGUUACAUUCAAGAAAAUCCGGUAAUGGUCUAUUUCAAAAUAAAAUAUAUAUUAUAAAUAAAAACCCUGAAAUGCCAUCGGAAGAUGAUCAUAAGUAUCAUUAAGGUAAUUAAGUGUUUUGUAUUUAAUCAUCCUUCCUGAUGUAAGCUUAAGGACAAUCUGACGUUCAUGCAUUAUUCGUUUGACAGACGGUCUGUAUAGGUCAGAAAUUUUGAAUCAAAAAGAAAAAUACAUUGUCAAGUUAGAGAAAUGGCUUGGUGGCGCAACGUCGUGGAAGUUAUGUUACCGCGCUACGUUUCAUGGUUGGGCAGGAUCUACCUUCCAUACUCGGUGUGAUUAUAAAAACCCGACUGUCACCAUCAUCCGUUCUCGAUCCUACAUCUUUGGCGCAUACAGCGAUGUAGCUUUUGGAGGUUAGUUUAUAACUGCAAUACUGCAUUUGAGUUUUUGUCUAUUUUGAAAAGAAAAGAAUGUAUGAUUCAAGCAAUAUAACUUUUAGCAUAAUUUUAUUCAAGUGGGGGAGGGGGCAAUCAUUGAACAAGAAAGAAACAAAAUGGCUGUCAACGCAUCUUAUAUGUAAAUGACAUCAUAAAAGCCAAUAUAAAACAAUAUAAGCAAUAUAAAAGCCUUCCUUUACCCUUGACAUAGACCCUUGACUCCCAUGCGUGACGUCAUAAUUACAAACACGAGAAUUACUGAAUGGAUUAACAUUUGCUCCAAUAAAAUCGGUGAAAAUGAGAAAAUCCUUUCAGUCAAUUAACCAAUUUUAAAUUAAUUCCUAACUCGAGAUGAAGACUGAGAUGUUACAUACACGCGUAAAAAUGCUCAGGUUGAUGCAAUACUGAUGAAAACAGGAUUGAACAAUGUUUUGCUGCCCACAUUGUUGAUAGCUGUCAACAAUAUUGAACAAUAUUGUUACACCCGAUUCAGGCGUUCAAUAUUGUUGACAAGUGUGAACAACGUGGGCAGAAAAACAUUGUUCAGUCCUGUUGAGCAGCGGACUCGGCGUUUUUUGCCGUGUAUAGUUUAGAUAUUUUAAUACAUUUCAGAUUUCAACUUUCUUUUUUUCUCAUUUUAUACUUUAGGUUCGGCAGCUUAUAGAAAUAGUUUCAAAUCAUUUAUCUUCUCCUUCGUCAACAAAGACAACCUCCCACCCUUCAAAUCUCCUGUCUACAGAAACACUGGAUAUGCUUUAUACACUAAACCUACUCAUGGUCCCACUUUUGGUGGUGGUCAUGAUAUUCAUAUUUCAAAUAAUGCCAAUUCAAAUACUGAUUCCUACACAAACCUUGGCCAUACCUAUCAGACACCAAGCGGGUAUACCUACAGCUCAACCAAGGCGAGAAAUCUUCUUGCUGGCGCUUAUAAAUUCACCCCUAACGAGGUUGAAACAUUUUAUCUUAAUUAACUUUUGAUUAAAUUUUCAAGACAUAGAUUUUGCAUUUAGAAACACAGUAAGAUAGAAAAUAACGUAAAUAAAUGCACUGCACAUCAGGGAAAUUAAACACGAGUACCGCCAAGUAUACGAGUAUUUUAUGUUACUGUGUAC